AUGCAUUCUCCCUCGCCUCAGCUCCUCCGCGCCCUGCGCACAUCUCUCUCCAGCGCCCCAAGUCCUCUCAGCCUCGGAGGUAGCGCAUCUCGAUUUCCUCGCGCCACCUCGUCGUCAUAUGGCUCGCUCUGCGCCUCUGUCAACACGUCGUUUUCCAUCCCAUCCACAUACCGCAACAAUAGCUCAGUUAGCCGCCCAUCCCGGCUAGUCUCACGUUCCCACACGCUCAAGCCUACCUCACCCGACCGCGGCCCAGAGUCGGAAGAAGAGACCCAGACGGAUUUUGACACCCUCGACGUACUAGCAAAUGCAGCAGCCCCUGCAGCAGCGAUCGACGCCACACUAGACACGGGCUUUGAUCUGAGCAACGGGGUCCGAAUCAGGAAUGGCGAUGCGCUGCUCCUCAUCGGUGGCGAGCCAUUUGCGUGGCGGCCUUGGAGAGCCAUUAAAGGCGUGGCGAAUGACCAGGCGGCCAAGGCGGCGAUGGUCAACGCCAAGGGCCAGUUUGAGCUGCCCGAAGAAGUGUGGGGUUUACUGAGUGUCGUGUGGCCUCGUCCAGAUAUGCUCAUUCUUGGCCUCGGUGACACCGCGAUGCCUUUGUCGCCUGAGACUAAGCGUCAUAUCAAUGCCCUGGGCAUUCGGGUGGAGAUUCAGGAUACCCGGAAUGCUGCUGGACAGUUUAACUUGCUGGCUACGGAGCGAGGUGUCGAGGAGGUCGCCGCGGCUAUGAUCCCCACUGGGUGGAAGCCGCGUAAAUAA